AUGGUUGAUUCGGGGCGCUGGGAAGCUCCCGAUAAUACCGUAGAUGACUUUCUUGACGACGCCCUGGUCUACAUUACCUCCACACAAGAGGAUGACGCUCGUUUGGCCUGCCACUUCUCCGGCAACCUUGUCGAAGCCCGCCAGAGCCAGAGCGGCGGAACCUUCCACGAUCAUGUUCUCCUCGAACGCCAUCUUCCUCAUGGCGGCGGCGAUCUCGUCCUCGUCGCACUCGACGACGCGGUCGAUGACGGCGGUCGCCAAAGCAAGGGUGAUGGAGUCCUCGUCCAUGCCGCCCGCCACGGCCUCGGCCAGCGUGGGCCGGUGCUCCGUCUCGAGGACUUUCCCGGCGACGAUGGACUCGGCCAGCGUCUUGGAGUUGGCAGCGGCGACGCCGUAGACCCUGGUCCCCGGGCUGAAGGCCUUGAGGACGGCGCCGAUGCCGCUGACGAGGCCGCCGCCGCCCAUGGAGAUGAAGACAUUGUCGACGCCGCCGGCGCCGGCGCCGCACUGCUCGAGGAUCUCGAGGCCGAUGGUGCCCUGCCCGGCGACGAUGAGCGGGUCGUUGGCGAGAUGUAA